UUCUAACACCACCUGUCGAAAGCACUGGAGGAAUAUAAAUUGAAGGGAAUCCAUCGGUACCGAGAGGCACGCGCUUCAGUCCUCCUCUAAGCUACACGGUGGCGUAAAGGAUAAAUUGCUUUUCUCUCCAACGCAAUGUCUUUAAUCUACGACGCGCUUCUUUCCAAAACUCAAUGAAGACAGAUAUGUCUCUACCGCUAACUUGUGGUCUGAUUUAAGUUAAUGGUCGAUAAUAUUCUUGAGAUAUUUCAUCAGAAUAGCUUGACACGUGCAAAUUUAAAGAGAUAAACUUCAGAGUCGCGAUGAUGGCAUCAAUAGGGGAGUUUGAUCCGCUGAACAACAUCGUUCCUGCUACUAAAAUAGAAGUUACCGUGUCAUGCAGGGAUCUUCUGCAUGUGGACACAUUCUCCAAGUCUGAUCCUGUGGUUGUGCUGUAUGUGCAGGGUAUCGGAACCAAAGAGUGGAGGGAGUUUGGCAGAACAGAGGUUAUUGACAACACACUGAAUCCAAACUUUGUGAGGAAGUUUUUCCUGGACUUCUUCUUCGAAGAGAAGCAGAACCUCCGCUUUGACGUAUACAAUGUGGACUCCAGAAGUUCAAAUAUUUCUAAAUUUAAGGACUUCCUGGGUCAGACCUUCUGCACUCUGGGGGAGAUCAUUGGAUCCACUGGCGGGCGGCUGGAGAACAGCUUAUCUGGGAUUCCUGGGAAGAAGUUAGGGGCCAUUAUCUUCACGGCGGAGGAGCUCAGUAACUGUAGGGACAUUGCUACCAUGCAGCUGUGUGCCAACAAGCUGGACAAGAAAGACUUUUUUGGGAAGUCUGACCCCUUCCUGGUCUUCUACAGAAGUAACGAGGAUGGAACGUUCACUAUCUGUCAUAAGACGGAGGUGGUUAAGAACACACUGAAUCCUGUGUGGCAGCCCUUCACCAUCCCAGUGAGGGCCCUCUGUAAUGGGGACUAUGACAGAACAGUGAAGGUGGAUGUAUAUGACUGGGACAGAGAUGGAAGCCAUGAUUUCAUUGGUGAGUUCACCACAAGUUACAGAGAUUUCUCACGUGGACAAAACCAGUUUAAUGUCUAUGAGGUUCUAAAUCCGAAAAAGAAGGGCAAGAAAAAGAAAUACAUUAACUCUGGCACGGUAACACUGCUGUCCUUCAAAGUGGAGUCGGAAUAUACGUUUGUGGAUUUCAUCCGAGGCGGGACACAACUCAACUUCACAGUAGCCAUCGACUUCACUGCUUCUAAUGGUGACCCGUCUCAGCCCACCUCCCUCCACUACAUGAACCCGUACCAGAUGAAUGCGUAUGCCAUGGCCCUGAAGGCUGUAGGGGACAUCAUCCAGGACUAUGACAGUGACAAGCUCUUUCCUGCCUACGGCUUCGGAGCCAAGUUACCUCCCGAUGGAAAGAUAUCCCACGCAUUCCCUCUGAGUGGUGACAAUGAAAACCCAAACUGUGUGGGGAUAGAGGGAGUAUUGGAGGCGUACUUCCAGAGCCUCAGGACGGUCCAACUCUACGGACCCACCAACUUCUCUCCAGUCAUCAACCAGGUGGCACGGUCUGCGCAGGAUGUGACGGAUGGCUCUCAGUAUUUUGUGUUGUUGAUGAUCACAGACGGAGUUAUCUCUGACAUGCUGCAGACCAAGGAGGCUGUAGUCAAUGCAGCUGCUCUCCCCAUGUCCAUCAUCAUCAUCGGGGUCGGACCUGCAGAGUUUGACGCCAUGGAGGAGCUAGAUGGUGAUGAGGUCAGAGUGUCCUUCAGGGGGCACUUUGCUGAAAGAGACAUUGUGCAGUUCGUUCCUUUCCGGGACUACAUGGACCGGUCGGGGAACCAGGUCCUGAGCAUGGCCCGGCUGGCUAAGGACGUGCUGGCUGAGAUCCCUGAGCAGCUGCUGGGGUUCAUGAAGACCAGAGGCAUCGAGCCCCGGCCCGCCCUCACCACCUCAGACCUGCCCGACCUCCACAGGCACAUCUGACACCCCCACUGUAGUGGGACAGCACCUUUCAACCCCCCCCCCCCCACCCCCCCUUGGGUCUACACAUAUUUGAUGCUCACACACACACACACACUUGACAUCUCUCUCAUCUCUUUUAACCCUAUGCCAUUGCCAUUUCAUUGCAAGCCGAUGUCGCCUCCCCCUACAACUGCGCAUGCUUAACACAGUUUAUAUCUACACAUAGAAUGAAUGUAUUCAUACAUUGUGCCAUUGAACACGUAGGAGCGGGUAGAUUGAGCACCCAAUGCAAUAGCCACAAGCACCGUCACUUCUGAAGAGAAGGGAGAAAUAUAACUGACUAUGCCGUGAUGCCAUGCUGUACACUUAUAACGUUCACAAGCAUAUGCAGAGGGAGGAGUUUACAGUCUGUGAAAGUUAUUGAUGUAGAAAAUAUACUGAACAAAAAUAUAAACGCAACAUGCAACAAUUUCAAAGAUUUUACUGAGUUACAGUUCAAAUAAGGAAAUCAGUCAAUUUAAAUAAAUAAAUAAAUAAAAAAUGACAAUUAAAUCCAUUUUAACCCCACUUUGUAACACAACAAAAUGUGGAAAAAUAAUUUCUGAGGGCACUGUAUAUGCAAAGCAGCUUAGCCAUCAACUGGAGAGAACAGGUAAAAAAACUUCAAUCAAUGAUCAUUGCUGAUUUAUUGAUUUGCUAAACAAACUUGACAUAUUGCUUUCAGCCCAUACCUCCACACAAAAUCUUCUUCAAUUACUGUAUCCACUCCCUCUCUCUGAGUGUCAUGUUAUAAUGCACAAUGGGUGUUUUCUGUUGCCUUUCAUUUGAUUUUCUGAAACUAAAUGACUCAGAGUGAUUUAUAAAAACCAAGCACCAAAACACAUGAGUGCAGUUGACUGUCUUUGGGGAGGUGAAUGAAGUGGUUAUCCUGGGCAAACUUUAUUAUGUGUUUGUUUUGUUGAUGAUUUAUCUGAAGCUUGUCUUGUGUCAUGAACUAGGGGUCGGUUCAGCAGGACACAGUGUUUUGGAACGUUCGGAUAGAAAUAUGUUAUGUAGAACAAGCAUGCCUUUCCGACAUGUAAAACAAGCAAUCAUGUUGGCUCUAUUCAAGGCAUUUCUAUCUGAAAUGUUUGGCAACUGAACAUGUGGCCCUGGAGAGUGUUGACACGGCUGGCAUGGGGCCCAGGUCACAUGUUCGUUAGCGCCAGUCAUUCUCACCCCCCUGUCUAUCAUACCAUCCUGCCCAGCAUGGGAUGAUGCUGGGCGCAGAUUACACCCUGCUGGAACAGAAAUGCCAGUCUCAGUGCCCUCCUGCAGUGAGGGAGAGGGAGACCGAUGAGGUAGGGGGAGGUUGAGGAGAGAUAGGGAGGGAGGGGAGGUUAAGGGCUGUGACAGUAGGGCUCCAGCGGUUUGGUUGAUGUUUUUAUUUUUUGUGUGUUUGUCAGAAAUGAAAGAGGAAAGAUUUCUUGGAU